UGACUCAAGAACACACAUCAGCCAUGGGUCUCCUUAAGAUGAUGGUGACGGCAGUUAUUGUGGGCGUGGUUCGUGGCCGCCCAGACGAUGCCCCGCACCCAGGCUACUCCUACCCUGUCCCACCCCCUCCAGCCUACGGUCCUCCUGCACCAGCUUAUGGACCUCCUGCACCAGCCUAUGGCCCUCCUGCACCAGCAUAUGACCAUCCUACACCAGCUUAUGGCCCUCCUGCACCAGCAUAUGCCCAUCCUACACCAGCCUACGGUCCUCCUGCACCAGCCUAUGGCCCUCCUGCACCAGCAUAUGCCCAUCCUACACCAGCCUAUGGCCCUCCCGCACCAGCCUAUGGCUCUCCUGCACCAGCCUAUGCCCCAGAACCUGCCUAUGCCCCUCCUGCACCAGCCUACGGCACUCCUGCACCAGCCUAUGCCCCUCCCUCACAUGAUAACAAGGGGAUGCCAUACGACUUCGCUUAUGGAGUGAAGGACGACUACACCGGCAACAACUACGGCCACAACGAGAACUCUGACGGAAACACCGUGACCGGCGAGUACAGCGUCCUGCUGCCCGACAGUCGCACCCAGAUCGUCACCUACACCGCUGACCACUACAAGGGCUACAUCGCUGAGGUCCGGUAUGAAGGUGAGGCCAGAUAUGAUGAACCACAGCACUAUGCCCCCAAGUACCCUGUACCUUCCUACAAGCCUGCUCCUGUCUAUGGCUCACCAUCUGCCUAAACCUUCCCUCCUUUUGUACAGAUCCCGCCCUGUGACCCUAACCUAACAUGUGUAAGUUAUUCUAUAAUAUUUUAUCAUACACCAAAAGAUGUAUUUUUCUAUAUUGCAAUAAAUAAGUCAAGAAGCUCAAUG